CGACCACAGCGAGAAUGUUGCGGAUGAUCGGGUCGUCCAAGUUACUGGCGCGGCUUCUUCUGGUGAUAUCCUCCAUCACACUGAUUUCCCUGCUGGCCCUGACCCGGUGCGGUCUCGGGGGAUUGGCCGUAAAGGAAAAUAGUUCUACCAUUGCCACCGGUUCGGGUGCCGGUACAGGGAAUGGUGAUGGUGAUUACGUCGGCGUUCGGGAUCCUCGGCCGAUGGCCAUCGAUUCCUUCGUGCCACCGGCUCAGGAGAACGGCUAUCUGCAGAUGCUGCAGCAACGCGAAGAAGAAAACCUCAAGGAGGUAGCGAAGCUGACGGAGGAAAUCAAGAUGCUGAAACUGCAAAUUUUGCAGCUAAAAAAUGGUAUUAGCGGAACCGGUGGAAUGCCGCUAAUCGUGGACGGAUCUUUCUCGGUGCCCUCGUCGUCGGCGUUGGCGGUUCCGUCGGGGAACGGUAGCAACGGUGGUGCGGUGCCGCCGCCGGCACCUCAAAUGGUGCACGAUUGUUCCACGUUCAUUCGGCGCCAGGUUGGAUCGGCGGAGAUCCUGCACGGGCAGCCGCUAAACAACGAGUACGAGCUGAUCCCUUUCAAUCACUUCACCUUCAACCGUGUCUACCCGAUCGAGCUCGGGCUCGGAAAGCGUGUGGUGGAGAAACCGAUCGGGUUCAAGCGGAAAGAUCUGCUCGGUGCCCUGAAUAAAGCCCUGGAGACGCUCAACCGCAAUAUUAGUGCGUCCUCACAGCGCUACACACUGGACGACUUCAGUGAGGGCAUUUAUCGUACCGAUCCGACGACGGGCACUCAGUACGAACUGUAUUUCCGCACCAGGGAGCCGGGAAAGGCCAAGGAGCACCAACAGCAGCAGCAGCAGCAGCAGCAGCAGCAGCUAGGACAGCACCACGGGACGACGAAGCUGAUCGUUAUGCGACCGUAUGCGCCGCUACAGACGGUCCAGCUCGAUGCGUAUCCUCAGCGACCCCAGGACAAGGAACUAAUCUACAUCGUCCUGCCUCUGUCCGGGCGCAUCGCGGCGUUCCAGAGCUUUAUGGACAAGUACGUAAAGAUUGCGCUGAAGCACGACAAGUGCGUUCACCUGACGGUGGUUUACUUCGGUGACGACGGACUGGCGGAGGCCCGAACCAUCAUGAGCCGGGUCAUUGGCAUGAGAAACAGUGGGGGGACAAGCUCCAACCUGAAGCUGCUUGCGCUCAACGAAACCUUCUCCAGGGCCAAAGCGCUCCGCGUGGGGGCCGAAAACGUGUGGGGCAGCCAGGCGGACCGGAACAACGAUAUUCUGCUGUUUAUGUGCGACGUGGAUAUCGUGUUUAGCGCCAAAUUCCUCGACCGAUGCCGCUGGAAUGCCAAGCCGAACAAAAAGGUGUACUAUCCGGUGGUGUUUAGUCUGUAUAAUCCGCACGUGGUGUACACGUUGCAGGGAAAGGAGCUACCGCCGGAGACGGACCAGUUGCUCAUCUCGAAGGAUUCGGGCUUCUGGCGGGACUUUGGCUACGGCAUGACGUGCCAGUAUCGGUCCGACUUUCUGCGCGUCCGUGGCUUCGACGAGGAGAUCGUCGGGUGGGGCGGUGAAGAUGUGAUGCUGUACCGGAAGUACGUCCGAUCGCACAUCAAGGUGAUUCGGGCGACCGAUCCGGGCAUCUUCCACAUCUGGCACCCGAAGGUGUGCACCGGCGGGGGCUCCCAGAAGCUGUCGCUCGACCAGUACCGGGCCUGCAUCCGGUCGCGGGCCCUCAACGAGGCGUCCCACGCGCAGCUCGGUUUCCUGGCGUUCCGGGACGACAUUGCGGCCAACGAGCCGUCUUUCGCGAAGACCGGGCAGUGGACGGCACAGCACCACAGCAAUGGCACCGCAAGUCGAAACAAUGGCACCAGCCGAAGCGUCAGUUCGCAGCGGGAGGCUAGCGGGAGGCAAGCGUCCGGUGGCAAGCUGGAGCCAGCCGGUGUGGCGAUAGCGGCGAGCGAGAGCAAACGGUCCACCUGA